GAUCCAACGCCUCUGGAGAUUCCCAUCUUCUUCUCCUACUAGGCAAUGUCUUGAAUAAGCUUUUACUACAAUGGCGUAUGGUUCAUUCGCUAUAUCAUCGAAAGCUCUAGUCUUCUGCCGUCCUUGCUAUGGCUCCAUUAGAGAUCUCCCUUUCUCCCUCCGCACGCCUACAAUUGGGCGUUGCGGAUGCGUUGGAGCAGUCGCAGCACCGAGAAACCUGGUGAAGCCACGCAAGGAAGAAAGCAGUAGUGGUAAGGAUAUUAGUGGAGGAAGAAAGAGUAGUAAGGAUAAAACGACGCCGUCGUGGAAGAAGUUAGAUGCUAGUAGUGAGUUUGGUAUACAGAGGUCCAUGAUCCCUGAAUCUACUCGUAUGGUUCUCAAUAAGCUCAGGAAAAAAGGGUUUCAAGUAUACCUAGUUGGAGGUUGUGUUCGGGAUCUUAUACUAGAUAGAAUCCCCAAGGAUUUCGAUGUCAUCACUUCAGCCGAGCUCAAGGAGGUAAGGCAAGUAUUCCCCCGCUGCCAAAUCGUUGGAAGACGGUUUCCCAUCUGCCAUGUUUAUGUCGACGAUAUCAUCAUAGAGGUGUCAAGCUUUAGUACUUCAGCAAGGACUGGCAAAGCGCCGAAUAAGAACUUCAGAAAGCCUGUGGGCUGCAAUGAACGUGACUAUAUCCGUUGGAAGAAUUGCUUACAGCGUGAUUUUACAGUCAAUGGGUUGAUGUUUGAUCCAUUGGAGAAUGUAGUGUAUGACUAUAUAGGAGGAGUUGAAGAUAUAAAGAAUUCUAAAGUGAGGACAGUAUCGGCCGCCAAGCUUUCAUUUAUCGAGGAUAAAGCUCGCAUUUUACGUGCAAUUAGGAUUGCAGCGAGGUUAGGAUUCAGCUUAACCAAAGACGUUGCUGUUUCUGUGAAGGAGCUUUCUUCUUCAUUGCUGAGACUUGACCCUUCAAGGGUCCAGAUGGAGAUCAAUUAUAUGCUGGCGUAUGGGUCCGCAGAAGCUUCGUUAAGGUUAUUAUGGAGAUUUGGUCUCAUGGAGAUUCUUCUACCUAUCCAGGCAUCUUAUUUUGUUUCUCAAGGGUUCAAGAGGCGUGAUGGAAGGUCCAACAUGCUUCUGUCGAUGUUUCGCAAUCUUGACCGACUUGUAGCACCUGAUCGUCCAUGCGCUGAGCUCCUCUGGAUUGGGAUCUUAGCGUUUCACAAAGCAUUGGUCGAUCAGCCUCGGGAUCCCACGGUGGUAGCUUCCUACUGUCUCGCCAUCUACAGCGACAUAUCUUUAUCCGAAGCCAUGGAGAUUGCAAAGAGCAACACGAAACAGCACAACUCAAACUUCCAAGAACUCUCCGUUCACAACGAAAAAGACAUCGCUGGCUCAGGCAGCAAACUAUCGCAGCAGGUCAUGAGCUUAGCGGAGUCUGUAAAAUCAGCUGCGAGGAAGAUGCAUGAUCGAGACUACUUGGCUAACGCGAUGAGCAAAUACCCGCAAGCGCCAAGCUCUGAUAUGGUGUUCAUGUCGAGACCGUUGUUGGAGAGAGUGCAGAGAAUGUUCGGAAGUGUGAGAAGGAAGGGAGACGGAGAGAGAGGUGUGCCGAGUUUAGACCGUAGGAUAAACUACAAGUCACUUGCUCUUGGGGACUUUCACGAGACACGUCGUGUUUUUGCUAGGAUCGUCUUUGAUACCGUUUACCCUCCAAAGAUUUAAGCCUAGAUUUUUUUUUUCUUCAUUUCACAUUCAGUUUACAGAUUAGUAUCAACUAUUUUUUUGGUAAAAAAGAGAUAAAGUUCUAAUU